AUGGCAUCUACUGAGUGCCACUUAAUUGCAAUAUUUGCAGCAUUGUUAGCUUCGCUUGUUGCAAGAGCUAGUGCUAUUGACAUAUUUCUAGAAUGGAAUGUUGCCCUUGAUAAUACUACUAGACCUGUCUCAGUAGAUCAACCUGUUAUUACCAUCAAUGGAAUGUUCCCGGGGCCACUUAUCAAGGCCACCACCAAUGAUUUCAUCCACGUGAACGUCUUCAACAAUAUGGAUGAGCCACUCCUCUUUACUUGGUAUCUUGCAAAGUCGAGGUCAACAAUCAGAUUCCUCUCCGCUACUACUAUUGGAUCGCCAACAAUCUCCUCAAACAGGAAUGGGAUCCAACAAAGGCUAAAUUCAUGGCAAGAUGGAGUCUCAGGCACAAACUGCCCAAUCAAGCCGGGCACAAACUGGACAUACGUGUUCCAGACCAAGGAUCAGAUAGGCACUUUCUUCUACUUCCCUUCAAUCAACUUCCAAAAAGCCGCCGGAGGGUUCGGGCCAAUUCGUGUCAACAACCGCGAUGUCAUCGCCGUCCCUUUCCCUAAACCCGAAGCUGAAUUCGAUCUCCUUACCGGGGAUUGGAACUACGACAGCUACAAGUGGGACCGGGUGGCGGUGCAACAGGUGCCAACGGGUUACCGUGUUCUUCCCGACGCUAUUUUGAUGAAUGGCAAAGGCGCUUAUGGGAACCAAAUGGCAAGGGCUUAUGAAAGUUUCACUGUUACACAAGGGAAGACUUACGGGUUCAGGAUAUCAAACGUGGGCACUGAAUUCAGCUUGAAUUUCAGGAUUCAGAACCAUCAAAUGGUGUUGGUUGAAACAGAAGGAUCAUACACCAAUCAGAUCGUGUUGGACUCUCUUGAUGUACACGUUGGACAAUCCUACUCUGUUCUUGUCACAGCCAAUCAAAACCAAGCUGAUUACUACAUAGUGGCGACUCCCAAAUUGGUAGACCUCAACGACACUGAUUACAAGGACUUGGUGGGUGUGGGAGUUCUGCAUUACUCAAAUUCAACCACCCCAGUUAGUGGGCCUCUGCCUGAUGGACCUGGCCCAUUUGACAUUGAGUUCUCAGUAAAUCAAGCCAAGUCUAUUAGGUGGAACUUGACAACCGGCGCUGCAAGGCCUAACCCACAAGGAACGUUCAACGUGACAAACGUGACGCUGUCGCAGACCUUCAUCCUCCAAGACUCGGGGGCUGAAAUCAAUGGCUCCAUUCGCCGUGGCGUCAACAAUGUGUCGUAUUACACUCCGGACACGCCCUUGAAGCUGGCUGAUUAUUUUGUUAACGGCUCAGGCGUGUACCAACUCGAUGCAUUUCCCACUCAUUCUGUCAAUGAUAAUGCUUCCUAUGGAAUUUCAGUUGUGUCUGGGAUCCACAAAGGCUGGCAUGAGAUUGUCUUCCACAACAAAUAUUUUGCUUUCAUAGAUUCUUGGCAUUUCGAUGGUUUUGGAUUCUAUGUUGUCGGGUGGAACUUGACAACCGGCGCUGCAAGGCCUAACCCACAAGGAACGUUCAACGUGACAAACGUGACGCUGUCGCAGACCUUCAUCCUCCAAGACUCGGGGGCUGAAAUCAAUGGCUCCAUUCGCCGUGGCGUCAACAAUGUGUCGUAUUACACUCCGGACACGCCCUUGAAGCUGGCUGAUUAUUUUGUUAACGGCUCAGGCGUGUACCAACUCGAUGCAUUUCCCACUCAUUCUGUCAAUGAUAAUGCUUCCUAUGGAAUUUCAGUUGUGUCUGGGAUCCACAAAGGCUGGCAUGAGAUUGUCUUCCACAACAAAUAUUUUGCUUUCAUAGAUUCUUGGCAUUUCGAUGGUUUUGGAUUCUAUGUUGUCGGGUUUGGAAAUGGAGACUGGACACCAGAGCAGCGCAGCACUUACAACCUUUACGAUCCGGUGGUCCGGUCGACGGUGCAAGUGUACCCGGGAGGAUGGACCGCCGUUUACGCAUUCCUUGACAACCCUGGAAUGUGGAAUCUGAGAUCACAAGUGUUGAAGCAUUGGUAUUUAGGUCAAGAACUCUAUGUCAGGGUCUUUGAUGCUGAUCCUAACCCUGCCAAAGAACGCCCACCACCUGAGAACCUUCUCCUCUGUGGGAUUUUUGAUGAAUCACAGCCUCCAUUUAGUGCGCCGCCUCUUGCUCCAGUUGCAGGGCGGUGAUUUGAGUUGAAGCCUCUCUUAACAGAUGAAUUAUUUGUUGAAGAUCGCACGCAUUCAUUAAUGCCAUUUGUAACAUUUUUACUCCCUUAAUGAGAGAAAUGAUACCUAUGUGUGACCCAUUAUCUUGGUAUAAUGAAUUUAUUUCCAUUUAAUGAAACAUUCGUUAUCUUUAUC